AUGUUGCCUAAACAUGAAGGACCAAAGGGGGUAUUUUAUGCUCCUCAGAGGACUGAACCACCCUUUGAGCUGGACUACAAGCUUGGCAACAAGGGAGAGCCUAUUACAGGAGUAUGGUCAAUUCUGGGAACGAGUGGAUGUGGAUGUCAUUUUACCCACCCCAACACCACCACUACCAACAACAACAACUACGCCUACUCAACCAAGUACUGCAGCAAGUACUACGAAGCCAAGUACAACAACAAGUACUGCAAAGCCAAGUACAACAACAAGUACUGCAAAGCCAACUACUACAACAAGUACUGCAAAGCCAAGUACUACAGCAAGUACUGCGAAGCCAAGUACUACAGCAACACAGCACUGACCCCCCCUCAAAGAGGGUCCAGGAUAUCUGACCGAACGCUUCUGCAAUCAAGCACCACGCUGAUAGUUUUCGACAAUCUUUUUGUGGCGGUGUCAAUGGAACUGCCUAACAUAUUCAUGAUCACCCUCACCGGCAGCCCCUUCUCUCGUGAUCUGAUUAAGGUGUCACAGAUAUUGUGCAGCCUGCUUUGUGUGGCAGUCGAAAUAUCGGCUCUGAUCUUGCUUUGUGUGGCCAAUUCCUUAAAAGUCACUCUCAUUGCUCUUGUGUGUGUUUUAAUUGUGAUGAGUUAUAUAAAGCUGAUAAUCGUCUCUCUGCCCAUUGGACCCAGUCAUGAACUAAAGCACAUCUGUGACGUUGCUGUCAAAGUGUGUUCUGUCAUCCAUAUAAUUUUGACAACUGCUUUGGUCUUUGUUGGUGUUCUGGAGAUUGCUGACUGCAUAAAAAAACGGAAAGAGUCUUGGCUUCUGAAAGUGAUAAUCGCUUACACAGUGUGGAUGUUCCUGUUGAUAGUCUGGACCUUUGUAUUCAGUGCUCACAGAAAUGCAAUACUGGGGAGACGCAAAACAGGGAGUUCAAAAAACAGCAAUGGAUGGAGGCAGCAGAGAAGAAAGAAGAAGCUUGGUGCAACCGAAGCGACCGUUACUGCCAUCUCAGUGAUCCUCAUCGUUGGAAUCAUUGCUUUCAGUGCAGCUCUCAUUGCAGGGAUAUUUUCAGAAAAACGGGCACGUGCAUGAAGCAAAGUCUUUUUUU